UGGAAAUUUUAGGGUUCUUCGUCGGGAUUGUAGGCAGCGCCAUGGUUUUCAAGGGCGAGGUGGAAUUCGACUUGGAUCCGCCGGAGAACUUCGAUCCGGCAGAUCCACACGGCGAUCCAAUCGCAUUCAUCGAGAUGCGCGACUGGAUUGUAAGGGAGAAGUGGAUUGGGGUUGAGCGGGCAAAGAUUUUGCGGGAGAGGUUGAGGGCGUGCUACCAGCGCGAAGGCGUCAAUCACCUCAAGAACUGCAGGAAAUGGGCCGUGGCGUACCUCGAUGCUGCCAAGAAUGCUGGAUGGGGCCGAAGAUCGAAUUUCAAAGCCACUGGUCCAACACUCCCAAAGGGAUGGAAAGAGAAGGAGGAAGAAAAGAAGAUGGAGUACGCUUGACACUUUCUGUGCAACAAAUAAUCACAACUGUGAUCGUACGUGCUCCAUUCAAUCAGACCUUUGAUCUCUCAUUUUCUAUAGAUGUUUCGAAAGGAAUCAGUUUGUAUA